AUGUGCCGUGUUCUCAACAUCUUGCUGGCCCUGCUCAGUCGCUUCCUGUUUACAGUCCAUGGUGUGGUGACUGUGUGGCGUGUGGUCACGGUCAAAGGGGAGCCUCUCUAUUGGUUGCUGCUGAUGGGCGUCGCUCUGCUGGGGGUGGAGAUGACCAUCACCAUCAAGUGCACCCGCAAUGCCGAGUGGAAAUGGUUCUCCCCCAUGAUUUUCCUCUACCUCAGUACAGUUAUCCCCUCCAUUUGGUUUCUGGAGCUCAGCCUGCUACAGAUCAAGCUGCCCGUCAACAUCUCCUCAGGUCCUGAGCUCCAUCUCCUAGCUCACAUCCCCAUCGCAUCGGAAAUUGUGGAACUGGACCCAGAGGACUGGGCAGCAGGCCUGGAACAGACCAUGCUGAUCGUGCUGGUUUUGGGCCGCUGGCUGAUGCCAAAGGGGGACAUGUCUCGAGACCAGCUCUCCCAGCUCCUCAUGGUCUACGUAGGGCUGGGAGCAGACAUCUUGGAUAUCUUUGACACGUUCAAAGAGCCUGAAGUCAAAACCAACCAAGCUGUCAUCAUUGUGGGGCUUGCCCUCUUCUCUUGGGCUCUCAUGCAAUUCCCUCUGGUUUUGACCCAGACACGCCCCCCACAGGAACAGAUCCGGGCUGGCUCCCUCCAGUGGGAGCACUCUGGGAAAGUCCUGAGUGGUGUUGGUGGCAGCCCUGGAGCCCCGUCCUCCUCCUCCACCUCCUGCUACUCCAGUGAAGUGUGGAGCCUGCUGCUGACCGUGGGCCUCCAGGACGGCCCUUUCCUGGUCUAUCGCCUCUACCUCAUGAUCAGGGAGCAGGUGCUCAACCAGCUGAUGAUCUUUUUCACUUGCAAGAACAUUCUCAUCGUCCUCCUGGAGGUCUACCGAAUCUUUGUGGUGCAGUGCGAGCAGGGAGUGGAAAGUGGGUUAGAGGGGUGCGCAGUGAGUAUGCCCUGGUGCCGCAUCGAGGAGCGACAGGUGACAGGUGAGAAGGAAGAAGAGGAGGAGGGACGAGGGGAGAGUGGAGAACAGAGCAUCCAGACAGUGGAGGAGAGGGACGGAGAAAUAGAGUGAGAAAGAGAUCGGAGUGGUUUCUUGGUUUGAAAAGCCUUAGAAUGCUGUGAGGCAUGUCUAAGCCCUCAGGGGGGGUAGCUUUAACUCACACGACAAGCGUGCACAUAUGCCAAACCUACAACCCCCGGCCCCCACCUUCAAAAGUGUCCCACUGAGAAUUUCAGCUCUCCGGAGGAUCACUACAACUCUAGUGCACUGUAAAAAGAGAGUCCCCAGAGACAAGCUCACCAUGACAAAAACAUUGGCACUCUCUUUCUAUUCCAUUUUACAGGAGCAGUGCAUAAAGUUUGCAA